UUGCAGUGUACGUAGUAAUAUAUUGAUAUGGCGCGAUCACUUGGGAAGCAUGAGCAGCAGGUUGCCGCGGCGGCGGCGGCGUCGGCUCUGGUGAUCGCUGUGGCGUGCUGCUGCUUCGUGGCGGGGUGUUCUGCGGCGCGCGGAAGCGGUUUCCACGAGGAAUUCGACGUGAUAUGGGGCGAAGACCACGUGAGGGUCACCGACGGCGCCGGGCGGCAGGUUGUGACGCUCACCCUCGACCAGUCCUCCGGCUCCGGGUUCCAGUCCAAGGACCAGUUCCUCUUCGGCGAGUUCAGCAUGGAGAUGAAGCUCGUCCCCGGCGAGUCGCCUGGCACGGUCGCCACCUUCUACCUGACAUCGGAGGGGGAUGCCCACGACGAGAUCGACUUCGAGUUCCUUGGGAACGUGAGCGGCGAGCCGUACGUGAUGCACACCAACGUGUUCGCGCGGGGGGAAGGCAACCGUGAGCAGCAGUUCUACCUCUGGUUCGACCCCACGGCCGACUUCCACAGCUACACCAUCAACUGGAACCCCCUCAACAUCAUCUUCUCGGUGGACGGCAAGGCGGUGAGGGUGUUCAAGAACAACGAGGCCGCCGGCGUGCCGUACCCCAGCGGCCAGGCGAUGAGGGUGCACGCGAGCCUGUGGAACGGCGACUUCUUUGCGACGCGCGGCGGGCAGGUCAAGAUCAACUGGACCGCCGCGCCGUUCGUCUCGUCGUACCGGACCUACGCGUACAGCGCCUGCGCGGUGCCGGCGGCUGCAGGCGGAGGUGGCGGCGGCCCGUGCUCAUCCGGGCAGGCGAACGCGACGUCGUGCGACUGCGGCGGCGCGUGGAUGGGCCAGCAGCUCGGCCCCGACGGCGAGCGCGACAUGGCGUGGGCGCGUGCGAACUACAUGAUCUACGACUACUGCGGCGACCAGUGGCGGCAGUUCCCGCAGGGCCGGCCGGCUGAGUGCAACCUCGACCAGCGUUCCGUCGACCAUCGCACAUAACCGGCCAUUGUCUCCGUGCUCGCAUACAUGAUACUGUAAUGUGUUCGUUACUAGUAGGCACUUAAUUAUAACUCACAGAAAAUACAUAAACAUCGAUUCAUGUAGAACAAUAAGUUGACGAAUUAAGUCUCGGUAUGU